AUUUUGUUGUUAUUGUUGUUGUUGUUGUUGUUUAUGCGACCGACCGACUGUCAAUCACAAUGUUGAAUAGUACCUUUAAUCAAAGUGAUCACAAUAAUAGCCCUCAUCAAGAUCAUUCGGACCAUCAUCAUCAUCAGCGUCAUCAGCCGACAACAUCAACACUUCGAAAAAGAAGGCAUAAACAUAAAUUAACACAAAGGAAAAAAGCAUAUUGGAUUAAACAAUUGAAUCAUUAUCUCCGUUGUAUGGAUUAUCAUAAUAUUAGUGAUUAUUUACGUUUUCGUAAAAAUUUGAAGACAGCAGUAUCAUCAGGAAAUCCUCGUAUCGAUUUUAAAACAUUUCAUCAGUUGGAAAAUUAUUUCAUAAAACAUUAUAAUUAUUGUUGUUGUGGUAGUUCAGUGCGGGAGAAAAGGAGUAUGCGAAAUCAUGAUGAACCAUUGUCUGAUGACAGUAAUCCGGGAACCGGAACACGCCUUCUUAAUCAGUAUGUCAAUGCCUGGAAUGGUGGGAGGAUUGUCUGGGACAGCAAUUCUUCUUCGCAUGGUGAGUAUGAUGGUGACAAUUUGAAGGAACAUUUUAAACAGCUUGUUAAGCAGUCAAAUAGGAAAAAUGCGAACCAGAGUACCACCUACACUUCAGGUGAAGUUCACCCCGAAAAACUGCAGCAAUGUACAGAAGGAAUAGCUAACAGCAUCACCGAUGCUGAGCAGUCUUCAAAACUCCACUCUGAAGAAAUUGUUGACACUGUAAACGGUACAAAUAAGUCAACGAAGCUAGAAGUCCGACAGCCUGCCAGUCCAUCAAUCGACUUAACACAUGACAAUGUCAAAAGUUCAAUCAAUAGUACAUCACAUGACAGUGGAUUGGGCAAUUCAGGGCAUAUUAAUAUGAAUCUAACAAAUAUCGAUUCUUUCAAUAAAGAUACUUCUUACAGUAGUAGUACUGUGGUGAAUCAUAAUAAUACUAUUUGUAGUAAUAGUAUGAGUAAUACACGACAAGAAGAAUCUAUUCAUGAGUUGGCUUUAGAUUUAACUGUCAACAGAAUACCUGAUCAUAACUCAGUCGGUGGCAAGUCUGGAUCUCCUGAAGAUAGGAACGCGUUGAAUCGACGAGAUAUUACGCAAAAUCACUUUUAUCCCCCUCCUCCCUCUUAUCAUCAACAUCAUCAGUACCAUAACUAUCUCAAAGGAAUGACAAGAGAUCAAAUCCACUCAUCAACAGGUACCAUGGCAACAACAGUAGCCAUGACUACUGUCACUAACUCGAUUGAUUCUUAUGCAAAAAGCGGAUCUAUUGAGCCUUCGACUGCUAGUACUGCUGCUAUCAACAGUGAUAUUUGCCAUGAUUUACCCUUGUCGUCAUUGUAUCCCUAUCAACAAAUGCAAACAUCUUAUCCAACCAAAUCAAUGGAUUUGUUUACAGCUGCUGCUGCUGCCUAUGCAGCUGCGUCUUUAGGACAACCAUUUCGUAAUGAAGAUCACAAAAGUACUAUCGGUACUAGUGGUACUCUAUCCUCACCUCUUCCGCUUACUACGCCUAUGAAUCAUAUUCCACAAAUGAAUUCUUCAAUUUAUCCACCACAUCAACUACUUAAUACAAAUAUAAGUAGUAUUAGUAGUAGUACUGGUAAUAAUUGUAGUAAUGAUGAAAUGAAUCAAACAUUAAGCCAAUUUCCAGCCUUUCUUCAUUCAGCAAUAAUGACAAUGAUGAAAAAUGCAAAGUUACCACAUCCAGAUGACAGUUAUGCCUCGAAAGCAUUCAUGUCACCGUAUUCACAAACACUUUUAUCGAUUUUUAAUCAUUCAAAUUAUAAUUGGCCACCGAAAUCAUCUACACCUGUACCAGAUGAUCUAAGCAGUAACACUAUGAGGAAUAAUGAUCGCAAUAACGAUAAUAAUAAUAACAGUAAUAAUAAUUAUGACAAUGAGGCAUUGUGUAGACUUCAACAGUCCUACUGUCCUCCGCCGAAUUUACCUGUUCCUGGAGCUUUAUACAACCACAACCAUCUGCAACAACAACAACAACAACAACAGCAGCAACCCCAAGAACAACAAAUUCAUCCUUAUGACUAUCAUCGUCAACAUUAUCCACUCCAGUUGGGCAUGAACUCAGAGAACAUUGAUGAAGACUAUUUGAUGAAUGAAGAGAAUAUUGAUGAUGAAAUGCCCCCACUGGCAUCAUCACCAAGAUCUUCAUCAUCACCAUUCCCUCCACCGACUGUGGUACCAAAUUCCAGCGAAGGUGAACAUAAAAUGAAUUCAAAAGAAAAGUCCUCGACAUCUCAAAACCAUCAACAGUCUACAACACGAUCAUCACGUCCAUCUGAAGAUUAUCUGGAGCAGUUUAUGAAAAUUGAUCAAACACAAAAUAUUCUAUGGCGUCAGUUAGCUGAUCGAUUUCAGCGUACACUUGGGCCAAAUCAAUGUGGGGUUUGUAAUAAAGUGUUGAGUUGUCGUAGUGCGUUGACAAUGCAUUAUCGUGUACAUACAGAAGAACGUCCUUUUGUGUGUAUUAUUUGUGAUAAACGAUUUUCAACGAAAGGCAAUUUAAAAACCCAUUUAGGGCAACACCAUGAAACAAUCGAAGCAUAUCGAACCGCAGUGGCUAUAGCAAUGGCUACAGGUGGUACACUGCCUCGACCUCCACCAAUGUCCUCGUCUACAACAGUUUCACACGGGAAUCCUGUCUCUUUACCAUCGAUUGUUACUUCGAUAGCUGAGCAUAUUCCAGUCCCCACCUCUACCUCCACAACAUCCUCACUGGUGUCUGCCUCAGUAUCAUCCUCAUCAUCUACAACAAACUCAUUACUAUCCUCACCAAAAUCACAGUCAAAUUAUCCAGAUUUCAUGAAAAUUAAUCCCUUGGAUACGUCAUCCAAUAUACUAAAUCAGAAUACAUUUCCAUUGCCAUGGUUACCAACAGGAUUGAGCUCAAACUCACCUGUAUUCAAUUUUCAACCAAGACUAGAUUCAAAUGCGCUUGAUCAAAGAAGGAUUACUGGUAAAGAAGAGGAAGAAGAAAAAGACAAUUAUAAUUACUAUAAUCCAUAUGCCAAUAUUGACCAAUCAGAAUUGACGAAAAUCUCCACCAAUCAAAUUCCAAGAUGUCAUAAUAACGAAAAUCAUCCUAAUGAAGAUGACGGUAAUGCUGUUGCCGAAGCUAACGAUGAUGAUGAUGACGUUGAUGACGAUGAAUCUAUAUUAUCAGAUAUAAGACCAAAUUAUCGAAUGAAUCAGCAAUCCCCAGGACCGCUUAACUAUGGGCGUGAGACACCAGCUUUGUUGAAUGGUGUCAACACAUCCUCGCCAUCUUCAACAAGUCUGUCUAACACAUUCACUUCACAAUCUACUCAUAUCUCAUCUUCUGCUAUUAAAAAAGAUUUAUUCCUUGAAUAUACAUCAUCAAAUAAAUUUUUAUCAGUUGCUAACUGUCUGUAAAUUCCACCCAGCGAUACACCCACGCACUCACUCCCUACCUACCUCCCCUCUGUUAUUUUUCUUUCAUUGAAGAGGGAUUUUUUUCAUUAUUUGUUUCCGUCAUUUCUUUUUUCUCUCGUAUUCUUUCGCUUGCCUCAUUUAUACCUAAAUAAUAUGCUAUUAGUAAGUGUGUCAGUCUGCGCAAUGUUCCCCUAUCGCCGCCUAUAUCCCCUCCCCGUCACGUGCUUCUAAUUGUCCGGAUAUGAAAGGAAGUCAACAUUCCCAUCACACACACUCACAAACAGAGAUAAAUCUUAUUCACCUG